AUGGCUGUCAACACGUCAGUCGCCUUGGACCUUCCGCCCCUCCCGAAAUACAAUCUCUACCCUCGAGAAUCUCUCGUCCCAGGCGUGUCUGAUGCCAUCUGCGCCCUUGCGUUGCCUAUUAUCGCCUAUUGGGCUCUUUCUAUGAUGUACCACGUCUGCGAUACAUUAAAUUUGUUUGAGAAAUACCGUCUACACACUCCUGCUGAGCUAUCGAAGCGAAACCGCGUAACCCGAUGGGAAGUUGUACGCGAUGUCGUUUUGCAACAGAUCAUCCAGACCAUUGCAGGUUUGGCUGUGUCCCAUUUCGACCCCAUUGAAAUGGCCGGGCACGAGGAGUACGAUGUAACCGUGUGGGCGCGUCGAAUUCGUAUUGCCCAAAAAGCCAUUCCCUCAUUGUUGACACUUGUCGGCGUUGAUGCGGUGGGAUUGGCAAAGUCCGUGUCUCAGAACGGACAUGUGAUAUUAGCUGGGGCGUUGGCCGGCGGUUCCUAUCCGAACGUUCUACAGUCACUGACCCUAGAUAACGGUGCAAAGAUUACUGCUCCGGCGUUCACAAGCUGGGAGCUGGCACUGGCUAGUUUCAUCUACUGGUACUUGGUCCCGGGUCUGCAAUUCACACUCGCUGUUUGCAUUGUCGAUACCUGGCAGUAUGUCUUGCACCGGGCCAUGCACAUGAAUACCUGGCUAUAUGUAACCUUCCAUUCUCGCCACCACCGUCUCUACGUUCCCUAUGCUUUUGGCGCUCUAUAUAACCACCCCGUGGAAGGAUUCUUGUUGGAUACUCUCGGCACUGGCAUUGGAUUUUUGGUUGCUGGCAUGACCAACCGUCAAGCCAUCUGGUUCUUCACCUUCUCGACUAUCAAGACGGUAGAUGAUCACUGCGGUUAUGCGUUCCCUUGGGACCCCCUGCAGAUCCUCACGACGAACAAUGCUGCUUAUCACGACAUCCACCACCAGAGCUGGGGAAUCAAGACGAACUUCUCCCAACCCUUCUUCACUUUCUGGGACAGCUUGCUUGGCACUCAGUGGAAGGGCGAAGUCAAACUUCGUUAUGAGCGAGGUCGUGAAAGCGCCCAGAAACUGGUGGAUUCGGAAGCUUCCAAGGCCGUGUCCCCCGCUGAAACUCACCAUGAGCCUACUGUAGUAUCAACUGAUGGCCCGGCGACCCGAACUCGUCUGCGCCGGAAGACUGUCGAUAGUCUAAAGGGGACAAGCCACGGUGUUCCAGGCAGUGUACUGCACAACUGA